AUGGAGGCUGCUGUGGUGACCGCAUCACAUGGUGCUAUGGGCUCCCUGAUAGCGAAGCUUGGUGAUUUACUCACAGCCGAGUACAAGCUGCUCAAAGGAGCUAAGGGACAGAUCUUGUUCCUCAAAGCUGAGCUUGAGAGCAUGCAUGUCUUCCUCAAGAAGAUCUCAGAUACUGAGCAGCCUGAUGAGCAAGACAAGUGUUGGGCCAAGGAGGUACGUGAGCUGUCCUAUGAUAUUGAGGACAGUGUCAGUGAGUUCAUGCUCCGUGUGGAACACAAGUCAAGCUACAAGCCACACGGAUUCAUGGGUUUCAUAAAUAGGAGCACAAAGUUGUUGACGACCAUGAACAUUCGGCAUGACAUUGCCAAAGAGUUUGAAGGCCUCAAGGUCCGUGUCGUCGAGGUCAGGGAGCGACGCAUGAGGUACCAGCAGACUAAUGAUGUUGCCCCUAGGACAACCAACACAACCAUUGAUCUUCGGUUGUUAGCAAUGUAUGCAGAGGCAUCUGGCCUUGUGGGCAUGGAUGGCCCCACAGAUGAACUGAUUCAGUUGAUGGGUGGAGAGGAUGAGCUAAUGGUGCUCUCUAUAGUUGGAUUUGGAGGCCUAGGAAAAACUACGCUUGCAAAUGAGAUUUAUUGCAAGCUUCAGGGGGAGUUCCAGUGUCGAGCCUUCGUGUCUGUGUCCCAAAAACCAAACAUUAGGAAGCUUCUGAGAACCAUGCUAUCUCAAGUUGGCUUUGUAGCUCCUAUGGACACCAAUAUGGAAAUUUGGGAAGAGACAGAAUUCAUUAGUGCGCUACGAAAAUUCCUUCUAAAACAGAGGUACUUAAUCGUAAUUGAUGACAUCUGGGAGGCUUUUGCAUGGGAUAUCAUCAGAUGUGCUCUUCCAGAGAGCAUUAAUGGUAGCAGAGUAUUAAUAACUACUCGAAUUGAAACUGUGGCUAGAGGAUGCUGCGCUAAGAACAUUGAAUGUGUUUACAAGAUGAAGGCACUUAGUGACCAGGACUCAAGGAGUUUAUUCUUCAAAAGAAUUUUUGGUUCAGAGGAUGGUUGCCCUCCAUAUUUGAAGGAAACUUGCAUGCUAUAUUUAGGUAUUUAUCCCGAGGACUACACAAUUGAAAAGAAUGAUUUGACAAGGCGAUGGAUAGCUGAAGAUACAAACUGCAAUGGUGAGGUGAUGUCUUGCAAGGUACAUGAUAUGAUGCUUGAUCUUAUCCUCCAUAAAUCCCAAGAAGAGAAUUUUGUCACUGUAAUAGAUGAUAUACAAGACAUGACAGGACAACAAGACAAGAUUCAUCGACUCUCUCUCAGCCUGGGUGGUACAGUAGGUGAUAGGGUUGCAGGAUGUGUCCAGCUAUCCCAAACAAGAACACUGGCAAUAUUUGGAACCUCUUCAUAUUUACCUCCUUUUCAACUGUUCAAGUAUCUCCGUGUUCUCGGAAUUGAAAUUACAGUACAGUCCUAUCCACCAUUGUUACUAGACUUUACUGAGAUACAUCAUCUAUUUCAGUUGAGAUAUUUAAAGAUUGUAGCAAAAGGUCAUGAGGUGGUGUUACCUAGUAAAAUUGGGAGUAUGCAGCAAUUGGAAACAUUUGAAAUCAAUGCUACUAUAAAAUUGUCUAAGGGACAAUCAUUUCGUGAACUACCAUCGGAUAUAGUUCAUUUGAGCCGGUUAUCGCAUCUGAUUAUUCCAUAUGACAUAAUAUUGCCAAACGGGAUCGAUAUUCCAUGGACACAAGUUCUCAAGGGUUCCUGGAGAUGGAUCAUCCAACUCCAUAACCUCUAUGACCUGCAUCUUUUUGUUAAGCAAGUGCUUGAGGAAGAUGUUGGAAUUCUUGCACAACUGCCCUCAGUUAUCAACCUGGAGUUGUUCAUCAAAGGAACUCCUGAAGAUAAGAUCAUCAUCCAUGGAAGUGGAUUCCCUGUUCUGAAGCAUUUUCAAUUUAGCUGUAGCAGGAUAUCAUGCCUGGCCUUUGUGGCAGGGGCAAUGCCCAAGCUUGAAAUUAAGCUCGAGCUACGUUUUAAUGCCAGGGGGUGGGAUAGGUAUGGCGCUGCACCUACUGGAACCGAGCACCUGUCAAGCCUCAGGGAAAUCUACGUAUGUAUUGGGGGCACAUAA